CUAACAAAUCAAGUUUGCCUUGUAUUACAAACCAAUAAGAGUGAUUUCAUCACAAUAAGUAGAACGUAGGUCUCGAGUAAGGUUUAGUUUAAGUUAUAUAACAAAAUUAUUCUUUCGUUAGCCUCCUUAGGAUAAACAUGUCGCUAUUUAUUUUUAUUUUAGUUUUAACAGUGCUUAUUUUGGUUAUUAUAAAUAGAGCAGUGACUAGGAAACACAAUGCAAUAUGUACAUCAAAACUAAAAUUAAAGGAAAAAACAGCGGUCAUAACAGGUGGCACCGCAGGGAUCGGACAACAAAUAGCAUUGGACCUUGCUACAAGAGGUGCAAGAAUUAUAAUUGCCAGUCCCUUUGAAGAUGAAGGAAUUAAUGCACGCAAUGAAAUUAUCAGAAAAUCUGGAAAUGAGGAUGUUGUCUAUAAGUUCCUAGAUCUUGCUUCAUUACAAUCAAUUCGUAAAUUCGCAGCAGAUAUAAAUGAAUCGGAGCAACACCUACAUAUUUUGGUGAAUAACGCUGGCGUCGGCAUACCCGGAGAUUUUAAGACUGACGACGGAAUGAAUUUUAUUAUGCAAGUUAAUUAUUAUGGUCACUUCCUCCUAACACUCCUCCUUUUACCACUUUUGAAAAAAUCUGGGACAAAAUUAGAGGCGAGCAGAAUAAUAAAUAUGUCUUCAAUUACGCGUUUCAUUGCCAGUUUCGAUAUAGAUAAUUACAACAGAACUGGAUAUUGGAGUUUACUAAGAAUUUACUCCAACAGUAAACUAAGUUUAGUGUUGUUCUCCCAUGAACUAACAAAAAAACUUGUUGGCCAACAUGUGAUCGUAAAUUGCGCUGAUCCUGGCUUCGCAUCCACAAAAAUUUAUGAGAGUUAUAUUAAUUUUGUCGGUAAAAUUGUUAGAGUUCUUAUCAAUGUAAUAUGCAAGAACACAUGGGAAGGAGCUCAAACACCUAUUCAUAUGGCAGUGGAUCAAGAAGCUGGUAAAGUUAGUGGACAAAUUUUUAGUAACUGUAAAAUGAACUCGUCGUCUAUGUGGAACGAGGUUGAUAAACUGUCGGGAAUGUUGUGGAAACAAUCAGUGAAAUUAGUGUCAAUCGAUGAAAAAGAUAUAUCCAAAAUUCUCUCGUAACAUUUACAUUUAAGUUUAAAGGGCAGUGGUUUUGAUCUAAAUAAAUACGUGUGUUUU